GAUGGAGAAUCAAUCUUACAUCUCUACAGCAAAGGUGGAAUUGAAUUUGCUGCCAAGCAUCUUGAUGGAGUGUUUGCCUUUAUUCUCCUUGAUGUCAAAGAGCGUAAGGUGUUCAUUGGUCGAGAUACAUUUGGUGUAAGGCCAUGUUUCCGUCUCCUCACUGAUGAUGGAUUCCUUGCUGCUUGUUCAGAAGCCAAAGGCCUCAUGGGUCUUUCCCAUAGUCUGACUGAUCACUCUGCAGAUAUAGUGCCAUUCCCACCAGGUCAUUAUGAAACCUACGAUUUGGCUCCCACAGGAAAAGUGACAUUUAAUGAGCGGGGACG